AUGGAAAUUUGUCGAACUAUCUUCACGUUUUUGCUUGUUGUGUUUUCCAUUCAAGGAAUCCUCGGUGAACAAUGUUUGAGUGAUCAAUGGCCACCGAAUUCAGAUCGUGUUGUCCCAACACAUGUGGUCAACCUAGAUUUACCUCCUACGGAGCGAUGGAAAGAAAUCGCCGCAGUUUACAAACCAGCAAUCAUUGAUUUGGUUGAUUAUAUCAAGAAAUUUGUUCUAUCAAUUUCACCUGAGCUACAGUUUUUAGUCAGUCUCGUUGAUACUAAAUUGCCUGCUAUGGCCGAUACAUUGCCAGUACCAUAUGGUGAUGAAAUGAAAGGCAUUAGUCAAGCAACUGGUGUACCACUGGGUGAAAUUGUCUUGUAUAAUAUUUUCUAUGAAAUUUUCACCUUAUGCACAUCAAUCGUGGCACAGGAUCAGAAUGGAAAUAUACUUCACGGACGAAAUCUUGAUUUUGGACUUCUAUUAGGUUGGGAUAUGUUAAACAACACUUGGACAUUGUCCGAAAAGUUACGUCCAUUGAUUACACAAGUGAAUUUCACACAAAACGGUCAAGUUCUUUUCAAAACCACCAGUUUUGCUGGUUACAUUGGUGUUAUCACAGGUAUUCGUCCCGGUGUCUUCAGUAUUUCAAUGAAUGAACGUUAUGGUCUCAAAGGUGGCUAUAUCGGUUUAAUUGAAUGGAUUUUUAAUAUCAAUCGUAAACAAUCAUUUGUUACAUUUGCCAUGCGUGACAUGUUAACCAAAGCAGAGAGUUACGAUCAAGCAGUUAAAUAUUUGGCAGAAGUAAAACUCACUGCGCCAUGUUAUUAUAUUCUUGCUGGACCAAAAUCUGGACAAGGUGUUAUCAUAACACGUUCACGAAAUGGAUCAGAUGAUGUUAAGCCAUUAGGCAAAGAUAAUCUUUGGUUUUUAAUUGAAACUAAUUAUGAUAAUUGGAAGAAACCACCUUUCUUCGAUGAUCGUGUCACACCAUGCAUCAAAUGUAUGGAAGCCAAAGGCAAAAAUCAAGUGACAUUUCAAUCGUUGUUCAACGUGUUUUCGUCAAGACCAAUGCUCAAUAAAUUAACUGUAUAUACAGCUUUGAUGGAACCGGCCACCGGUCGAUUGGAAUCGUAUUGGCAAUACUGUCGUGAUGAAGAAGCGCCAUGUGCACCAUGGUAG